AUGAAUUUAGAAGAUAUGUAUCAGGUUAUGAAAGGCGCUAGUGAGGUGGACGGAGUUAGAUACGAUGUCGUGGAGACGUGGUUCAGGAAAUGUGAUAUCAUCGAUGGAAAAUUUAUUAGCGAUGAGUUUUUUGAGCGAAGCUACUUAAGGUUAUGUCCUAACAAGGAACCAAUUGGUCUCGCCCCGUUCAUACAACUACUAGGAAUCAUGUCGAGAGAAACUAAACUGGAUAUAAAAUUAUUCUUGACCAAAUUUGAAAGGGUCAGAGUAGAAAUUGUACAAGAAAUAAAAGAAAAAUGCGUUAAUAAACCUUAUGCGUAUUCGUAG